GAAAAAGAUGGCUUUUGCCACUGCCAUUGCCUGGCAGUCUGCCACCCACUCCACUAUGUAUAAAAUAAAUCCCCUUAUAUAAUCUUCUUCACAUCUCUGUUUUUCUCUCUACCAAAAUAGAGUCCCUCCAACCACCGGAAAAAAUGGGCUCAGAACCAAACUCCGGUGACCACCACAUCCUUAUGAUCCCUUUUAUGGCCCACGGACAUCUCAUCCCCUUCCUAGAACUCGCCAAUUUAAUCCAUCGGAGAUCCUCCGUUUUCACCACCACCAUCGCCAACACCCCCUCUAACAUCCAAUACCUCCGCUCCACCGUCUCCACCGCCAAAAUCCACCUCGCCGAGCUCCAAUACUCCAGCACCGAACACGGCCUCCCACCCAACACUGAGAACACCGAAAAUCUCUCUCUAGACCAAAUCGCCACUCUGUUUCACUCUUCCGCCGCCCUCGAACUCCCCUUUCGACAACUAAUCUCCGACAUCGUUCAAAAAGAUGGCAAGCCUCCACUAUGUAUAAUCUCCGACGUAUUCUUUGGUUGGUCGGUGGCCGUCGCUAGAAGCUUCAACAUCCCGAUUUUCAAUUUCACUACCUGCGGUGCUUAUGGUACUCUGGCCUACAUCUCUCUUUGGUUGAAUCUCCCUCACCGGUCCACCACUGCCGAUGAUUUCUCAAUCCCGGGGUUCCCAGAACGGUGCCGUUUCCAUCGCUCCCAACUCCACCGGUUCUUACUAGCAGGGGACGGCACAGAUUCCUGGUCCAAAUAUUUUCAGCCACAACUCUCAUCUGCUUUGAACUCCGAUGGAUGGCUCUGUAACACCGUCGAAGAAGUUGAAUCUUUCGGAUUGGGGCUUUUGAGAGAUUACAUCAAACUCCCCGUCUGGGCAAUUGGGCCGCUUCUUCCUCAAAACUCCGCCCGCCGGUGGGGAAAAGAGAAAGAUUCCGGCGUGGAUUUAGAAAAUUGCAUCAAUUGGCUGAAUUCCCACCUGAGAAAUUCCGUUCUGUACAUCUCAUUCGGAUCUCAAAACACAAUCAGCGAGACCCAGAUGCUGGAAUUAGCUUACGGAUUGGAGGAAAGUGGGAAGGUGUUCAUCUGGGUAGUGAGGCCGCCAUUGGGACACGACAUAAAAGCAGAGUUCAGAGCUCAUCAAUGGCUGCCGGAGCGAUUCGAGGAGCGAAUGAAGGAGACGAAUCGAGGAUUACUGAUCAGAAAUUGGGCACCCCAAUUGGAAAUUUUGUCGCACAAAUCAGUGGGGGCGUUUUUGAGCCACUGUGGGUGGAAUUCGACGGUGGAGAGCUUGAGCCAGGGGGUUCCGAUGAUCGGGUGGCCAAUGGCGGCGGAGCAAGCAUACAACUCGAAGAUGUUGGUUGAAGAAAUGGGGAUUGGAGUGGAGCUAACAAGAGGAAAAGAGAGUGAGAUUAAGAGAGGGAAAGUGAAGGAGGUGAUAGAAAUGGUGAUGGGGGAAAGUGGGAAAGGGGAAGAGAUGAGGAAGAAGGCAGCCAUUAUUAAGGACAAUAUGAUAGCUGCAAUUAAGGACGAUGAAGAAAAGGGUUCAUCUUUGAGGAGUUUGGAAGAAUUUCUUGCAAUUAUUGAGUCCAAAAGGGGGAAGACAGAUGGGAGGGUGUCAAUGAAUUGAGUGUCCCAAUGUUAUUUGCGAGUUUGGGACAUUUUGGUGGCAUUUAUUUGUGCCACAUUUGCAUUUGUUGAUGGGUAGACGAUAUCACUUGUGAAACGGAUAAUAAAUGUCUUAUUUAUGAUUGAAUUAGGUAUAUCGAUUUUAUGUUCACUUUCUAAUAAAUAAAGUUUAAAUCUCAUUUUGGCUUUUUAA